AUGGAGAUGCCCUCGGCGGCCUCUCUAGCCGGCGCAAGGCUGCUGGGCGAGAUCGAAGAGACGAACCUUGACGAGAUACUGCAUGCCCUCCGCAUAGCGGUUGAUCCCGAUGCGCCAAUAAAUAAAUCGAAGCACCCAAAGUUCUAUCCCGUUCCCGGUCUUGACGAUCUUGUCCAUCGGAAUUUUCGUGCAACAAAGUUCGCUCCGUUGGCUGUGACCGGCCGCCAACUCCCGCUCGUCUACGCACUCGUCUCGGCCCUUUUGUCACAUCCGCAUAACAAGACGGUACUGAUCCUCGAUACGGAGCAUCGGUUCGACGCAACUCGCCUCCUUUGUGACCCAGACGACCUGCGCCACGCCUACGUGCAUCGCCCAGCUCGCCAGAGCCGCAACGCCGAUAGCCGCAGCGGCGGAAACGGAGGCGGAUGCGGCACCAACAUCGGCGCGGAGCAAAUCCGCGAGCUCGUCGCCGCUGCGGAGAACUGGAUGCUCUACGGCGGUCACCACAGCGGCGCCCGGGAAUGGUGGGGGACCAUAGUCAUCGGCGCACUCGGAGCCGGUGACGUGACUGCCGCCUGGAAAGGAUGGCUGCGCGUCGACCGCGAGUACGUCCCGGGAUUUUCCUUCGGCUGCAGCGCGAUGGAGGCUGUGAAGGACCGCCGGCAACGCCAGGAAGCCGUCGAUGCUGCGCCGUGGGCUGCCUCUUCGCAGUGGGGCAGUUUCACAUUCACAGAAUCUCACUCUAGCACUACGACGCCCGAGGCCAGGGAUCCGAGGGAUUCGAAGCCUGUUACUGGUACCGACCGAUAA